CUGCCUCUCCCUGCCCGCACUAUGGACGAGCUGGCUGCUGAGCUGGGGACGCUGAGCCCGGAGCAAGCGGCGGCUCCCGUGAAUACCGUGGAGGAAAAAUGGCGACUACUUCCAGCAUUUCUAAAGGUGAAAGGACUUGUGAAGCAGCAUAUAGACUCGUUCAACUACUUCAUCAAUGUAGAGAUAAAGAAAAUCAUGAAAGCCAAUGAGAAAGUUAUAAGUGAUGCUGACCCCAUGUGGUACUUAAAGUAUCUCAAUAUCUAUGUGGGUACCCCAGAUGUUGAAGAAAGCUUUAAUGUAACACGGCCUGUUUCUCCUCAUGAGUGUCGCCUGAGAGAUAUGACCUACUCUGCCCCAAUAACAGUGGACAUUGAAUACACAAGAGGCAGUCAGAGGAUUAUUCGCAAUGCAUUACCCAUUGGCAGAAUGCCCAUAAUGCUUCGCAGUUCCAAUUGUGUUCUUACUGGGAAAACACCAGCAGAGUUUGCCAAACUUAAUGAGUGCCCUUUAGAUCCAGGUGGCUACUUCAUUGUUAAAGGUGUAGAGAAAGUCAUUCUCAUUCAAGAGCAGUUGUCCAAAAACAGGAUCAUUGUGGAAGCUGAUAGAAAAGGGACAGUUGGAGCCUCUGUUACCAGUUCUACUCACGAGAAGAAGAGCAGAACAAAUAUGGCUGUGAAACAAGGAAAAUUUUAUCUGAGGCAUAACACCCUAUCAGAAGAUAUUCCCAUUGCUAUCAUAUUUAAGGCCAUGGGUGUUGAAAGUGACCAAGAGAUUGUACAGAUGAUUGGUACAGAGGAACACGUGAUGGCUGCAUUUGCUCCUAGUUUGGAAGAAUGCCAAAAAGCUCAGAUUUUUACACAGAUGCAGGCCUUAAAGUACAUAGGAAACAAGGUACGAAGGCAAAGGAUGUGGGGAGGCCCAAAGAAAACAAAGAUGGAAGAAGCUCGUGAGCUGCUAGCAUCAACUAUCCUGACUCAUGUUCCCGUGAAAGAAUUCAAUUUCCGUGCCAAGUGCAUUUACACAGCUGUGAUGGUCCGCAGGGUGAUCCUAGCCCAAGGAGAAAACAAAGUAGACGACAGAGACUAUUAUGGAAAUAAGAGAUUGGAGUUGGCAGGACAGCUACUUUCCCUCCUAUUUGAAGAUUUGUUCAAAAAAUUUAAUUCUGAACUGAAAAAAAUUGCUGACCAGGUGAUACCCAAGCAGAGAGCAGCCCAGUUUGAUGUAGUGAAGCAUAUGCGUCAAGAUCAGAUCACCAAUGGCAUGGUAAAUGCCAUCUCCUCGGGAAAUUGGUCACUGAAAAGAUUCAAAAUGGAUCGCCAAGGUGUGACACAGGUGUUGUCCCGCUUGUCUUAUAUAUCUGCUUUGGGAAUGAUGACUAGAAUCUCUUCUCAGUUUGAGAAGACAAGAAAAGUGAGUGGUCCUCGAUCUCUGCAGCCAUCUCAGUGGGGUAUGCUUUGCCCAUCAGACACUCCUGAAGGAGAGGCUUGUGGUUUGGUUAAAAACCUAGCUCUGAUGACUCACAUUACCACUGAUAUGGAAGAUGGCCCCAUUAUUAAAUUGGCUGGUAAUCUCGGAGUAGAAGAUGUAAACUUACUAUGCGGAGAAGAACUUUCAUAUCCAAAUGUGUUCCUCGUUUUCCUUAAUGGUAACAUCCUUGGUGUCAUUCGAGAUCAUCAAAAGCUAGUCAACACGUUUCGGCUAAUGCGGCGCGCAGGUUAUAUCAAUGAAUUUGUUUCAAUCUCUACAAAUCGCUCUGACAGAUGCGUCUACAUUUCUUCUGAUGGAGGAAGAUUGUGCAGACCUUAUAUAAUUGUAAAGAAGCAAAAGCCAGCAGUUACAAACAAACACAUGGAAGAACUUGCUCAGGGAUACAGGAGUUUUGAAGAUUUUUUACAUGAAGGCCUAGUUGAAUACUUGGAUGUGAAUGAGGAAAAUGACUGCAACGUUGCACUGUACGAGCAUACAGUUAACAAAGAGACGACACAUUUGGAGAUUGAACCUUUCACACUUCUUGGUGUUUGUGCUGGGCUUAUUCCAUAUCCUCACCAUAACCAGUCCCCAAGAAACACUUACCAGUGUGCUAUGGGGAAGCAAGCAAUGGGUACCAUUGGCUACAAUCAGCGGAACAGAAUUGAUACUCUUAUGUAUUUGCUAGCAUAUCCACAAAGGCCAAUGGUUAAAACAAAAACCAUUGAACUGAUAGAGUUUGAGAAACUGCCAGCAGGACAGAAUGCUACAGUUGCUGUAAUGAGCUACAGCGGUUAUGAUAUUGAAGAUGCUCUCGUCUUAAACAAGGCCUCCUUGGACAGAGGAUUUGGAAGAUGUCUUGUAUACAAGAAUGCUAAGUGUACUCUGAAGCGCUACACAAAUCAGACAUUUGAUAAAGUGAUGGGUCCAAUGUUGGAUGCAGCUACACGUAAACCAAUUUGGCGUCAUGAAAUUUUAGAUGCUGAUGGAAUCUGCUCUCCAGGUGAAAAAGUAGAAAAUAAACAAGUGCUCGUAAAUAAAUCUAUGCCAACUGUGACCCAGACUCCUCUGGAAGGAAGUAGCGUGCCUCAGCAACCGCAGUAUAAAGAUGUACCAGUAACCUACAAGGGUGCAACUGAUUCGUAUAUUGAAAAAGUAAUGAUCUCCUCCAAUGCAGAGGAUGCUUUUUUGAUCAAAAUGUUGUUAAGACAGACUAGACGUCCAGAAAUUGGAGAUAAAUUUAGCAGUCGUCAUGGACAAAAAGGGGUGUGUGGGCUGAUUGUUCCUCAGGAAGACAUGCCAUUUUGUGAUACAGGAAUUUGUCCAGAUAUCAUAAUGAAUCCUCAUGGCUUCCCAUCGCGUAUGACGGUGGGAAAAUUAAUUGAACUGUUGGCUGGGAAGGCUGGCGUCCUAGAUGGCAGAUUUCACUAUGGAACAGCUUUUGGAGGCAGUAAAGUUAAGGAUGUAUGUGAAGAUCUUAUUCGCCAUGGUUAUAACUACCUAGGGAAGGACUAUGUAACAUCUGGUAUCACUGGAGAACCAUUGGAAGCCUAUAUCUAUUUUGGUCCUGUAUAUUAUCAGAAACUAAAGCACAUGGUGUUGGAUAAGAUGCAUGCCAGAGCUCGAGGACCCAGAGCUGUCCUUACCAGGCAGCCCACUGAAGGUCGAUCCCGAGAUGGAGGUUUGCGUCUUGGAGAAAUGGAACGAGAUUGCUUGAUAGGUUAUGGAGCCAGCAUGCUUUUGUUGGAGAGACUGAUGAUUUCAAGUGAUGCCUUUGAGGUAGAUGUCUGUGGGCAGUGUGGCUUGCUGGGAUACUCUGGCUGGUGCCAUUACUGCAAGUCCUCAUGCCACGUGUCAUCCCUGCGCAUACCAUACGCCUGUAAACUGUUAUUCCAAGAGCUUCAGUCCAUGAACAUUAUACCCAGGCUAAAAUUGGCCAAAUACAAUGAAUGAGCAAGUUCAAAAAAAUUAACACAAAAUGAAGACCCAUAUAUAUAACUGGAAGAAAUGUUCCUGAACACAAGUGACUCUUAAAACCAAGGGAGUAGAAGAAAUACUUGACUACAUGAUUUCCCACCCACUCCUGUUUUAAUUUGGGUGCACUGACCACGCUGAGAGCUACCGAAGAGCAAUCAAUGAAGACUUAACCAGCUCUGAAUAAGGUGUGCAACAACUGUAAUAUGGCCCUGCCCCAGCAAAGUGCCUGCAUACCUUUCAAGAAUGAGUGUUGCAUGCUCAGUUAUGCAGGUGCUUUGCUGGGGUAGGGCCAAAAAAUAUACUAGGCAGAAGUCACUGCCUCGUGCUGAAAUGGUUAGUUUUAUUUUCCACAUUGGUGGGAUGUGAAUGAGGAAUAAAAAUUUUCAAAGAUA